AUGGAACUCAACCGAGAACAUUUUCGUGCCAUAAUUUAUUACAACUUUCAGAGACAAUUAUCGCAACAAGAAUGCCUUGCUGAGUUACUGUCUGUUUUUGGCAACGAAGUGCCACAUCAGUCGACAAUUUCCUGUUGGUAUGGAGAAUUCAAACGUGGACGGGUGAGUCUUAGCGACGAUCCCAGGGUGGGUGCACCAAAAAUGGCAGUAACCCAGGAAAACGUCGAUGCUGUGCGCAAACUCAUCAUUGAAGAUAGACAUGUGACAUAUCGCGAGAUUGAGGUGUCCUUGAAGAUCUCAAAGACAUCAAUUCAAAAAAAUUUACAUGAAGAAUUAGGAGUAAGAAAAUUAGUUUCUCGUUGGAUACCCCACCUGUUGACUAAAGAGCAGAAAGCAGCCAGGGUUUAUUGGUGUCAAAAAACGCUUGACCGUUUCAAUUCCGGAAACUCAAAAAAUGUGUACAGCAUUGUUAGUGGUGAUGAAUCGUGGAUUUACUGUUAUGAACCAGAAAAUAAACGACCGUCGGCUCCAACAAAAAUCAUCCGUUCUCGAAGUGUUUCGAAAAAGAUGGUCGCGACAUUUGUGUCAAAAGCGGGUCAUAUUGCAACAAUUCCUCUUAAUGAGCAAAGAACUGUUACUGCAGAUUGGUAUACCACCAUUUGUUUGCCAAAAGUCAUCACUGAGCUUCGAAAAAUCAGCCCCGAAAGAAGAAUCAUCCUCCAACAAGACAAUACAAGCUCGCACACAGCCCAAAAAACAAGGCAGUAUUUAACGGAAGAAAACAUGGAAUUAUUGGACCAUCCUCCAUAUAGCCCCGAUCUAAGUCCUAACGAUUUUUUUAGUUUCCCGAAAAUUAAAUACAGACUGCGUGGUCAAAGGUUCCAGUCACCAGAAGGAGCAGUUGACGCAUUCAAAAAUGCCGUUUUGGAUCUGCCAGCAAACGAGUGGAAUAUGUGCUUCGAAAAUUGGUUCGAGCGCAUACAGAUAAUGCUUCGAAAAACAAUAGUCAUUUAA